AUGCCUUUCACCUCAAUUCUUCAAUCUAAUUGGCAAAACUUUGGUGCCCCAAUUCAAUUCGGUAAUUCGAUAAUAUCUCAACCAGCGCCUGAUAAUCCAAUAUGCAUGAAAGGAAUUACCAAAACCGAGAAAGAUUGUUGCCGUCUACCAUCGUUAGUAGACCAAAGCAUUGAUAAUCGAUGUGCCUUAGAGAAUCCAACAAUGAUCUCCCCAAGUGCUAAGAAAACGGAAGGAUGUUGUAUAGCACAAUGUGUACUAACCACAUUGAAUGCCCUUGAAAACGACACAGUUGACCGAGCGGCUUUAAAAAAGUCAUUUUUGGUUGCUGAUGGUAUUGAUCGAAAUUUUUCCCCGCUGUUCAAUAACACAAUUGAUGACUGUUCCAACGUAAUCAAUAACAACUCCGUGUUCAAAGCGACUCCGGUGUCUUCAGUUCUCGGUAGACCAGGGUGUAGCUUUAUUCCAGAGGGUUUUUUUGACUGCGUUAAAUCUUCGUUGUUUCAGCGAUGUCCGGUUGCUGUAUGGGACGAUAUCUCAGAGUGUAAACAAUUAAAACAGAAGUUAUCAGCGGGAUGCUCGUUUGCUUCUUUGACGGGGUAA